UAAUCAUAGGAAGAAAAAAAAACAUUCAAAAAUUUAUUUUUAUUAAAUUAAAAAAAGAAAAACACUUUAAAAAAAAAAAAAAAAUUUGCAUGAAAGGAUCCACGUGCCGUCUCUCUCUCAAUCCGAAAAUUCCUUAAAAUAUUGAACAAAAAUCCACUGAUGCCAUGUUUCUCUCUCUCAAUCCAAUCCAAAGCCCAAAGAAAAGACCGAAGCUUUUCCCUUUGAUUUUCCCGAGAAAAUAAAAAUCUAACCCAGGAAAGGAAAAGAAAAAGGAAAAUGACAAUGGCAUAUCUGUAUUAUUACCCAUCCAGAACAAAUGGAGAGAUUCGCUCACAUCUCCUCAAUCUAGACAUCCAAACUGGAGAAGAAGGAGAAGCUUCAUUAUAAUCAUACCUCUAAAAUCCCACUUCUCUAUCUUAUCUCUGUAAUUCUCGGAACGCUUCUCUCUCUCUCUCUCUGCAGAACACCGACUCGGCUUCUCAGUUCUCAUAUCUGAUAUGGCGUUUGAUCAAAAUUCGAUCCCGAAAGAUUUAAGACCGUUAAAUAUAGUUAGAAAUAUAUCUGAUGAUCCCCGCAUUACGCCGGUUACUUCAGCGGGUAGAAGUCCAGAUGGGUAUUAUGCUAACCCUGUUCAAGAGAUUAGGAGCCCCGAUCCCGUACCCGUAUCCGUUUACUACCCAGCAACUGUUUCUGAAGCUGGGCUUGUAGGACUAGGAUAUGGAAAUGCGGUUCCUAAUGUGGCUGCCUGGGCCCCUCGUGUCGCUGUCCAAACCUUACCAAUGGCGUAUCAGAGUGUGUGCCCUGCUGUUGGGUAUGGUUUCAGUUCUAAUGUGCCCAAUCGGUGUGCUGGCGGCUCCGGAGAACUUGUCAGCAGCAGCAGCGCUAUUUCAACAGGGUCUGGUGGCAGCCCAAAUUUGGGCAAUCCGGCUGGUGCUUGUGGUGCUGAUAUUGCUAGUUAUAAUGUGCCUGGCAGGGUUGGGUAUACUUCCACUUUGGGUAAUAGGGGCAUUGGCAAUGCUGCUGAUCAAAUACUGAAUGAUUCAGCAGCUGGGUGUGGUUAUGUCCCCAAUAUAGGCACUCGGGUCAGUGGUAAUGUGGUCGAUCAAGCUAGUGAUGAGGGCGGAGAUGAUUUUGCGUCAGGGAGGAAAGUAAAGUUUCUUUGCAGUUUUGGGGGAAAGAUUUUACCCAGACCAAGCGAUGGGGUGUUGAGAUAUGUGGGAGGACAUACAAGGAUUAUUAGUGUCAGAAGAGAUGUAAGCUUUAACGAGCUAGUGCAGAAGAUGGUGGAUACCUAUGGGCAACAUGUAGUUAUCAAAUAUCAACUUCCUGACGAGGAUCUUGAUGCACUGGUGUCAGUUUCAUGCCCUGAUGAUCUUGAAAAUAUGAUGGAGGAGUAUGAGAAGUUGAUCGAGAGGUCUUCAGAUGGAUCAGCUAAGUUGAGGAUGUUUCUGUUUUUGGCAUCUGAGCUUGAUUCAUUUGGUAUGUUACCGUUUGUGGAUUUACAUGAUAGUGGGCAGAGAUUUGUUGAUGCAGUGAAUGGGAUUGGAGGUGGUGGUAUUACAAAGAAGGAGAGCGUAACAAGUGCCACUUCAACACCAGCUUCUGAUUUCAGUGGGAGUGAGGCUGUUGAUGGCCUCCUUCCUGGUCAAGGGGAGGUCACUGGACCCUUAUCAACUGGUAUGUUAUUGCGUAAGCAGAAUUCAGGCAACUCUGAUGACGUUUCUCCAAAAUUGGUGUACGUGGAUCCUAGCACUUCAGGUUAUGCUGAACCUUCUGUAGUUUCAUUGCGCAUGCCUUUGAUUAAGUCGGGUCCUCAACUGAUUUCACCUUCCACACUAGAAGUCGAAUUAGAAAGGCCUGUUCCUGUAUCAGUAGUUCCGCAACAUUUGGGUUUGCAGCAACCUGGAAUGGAAAUUCCAACUUCUGCCUUUGUGCCACUGCCAGCAUACAUUGAUCCUCGCCAGGAGGUUUCAAACCAAGCAGACUAUCUACAGUUUCCUCCCCAGAUGGGAUUUCCAAAUCCUCAGCUGUUGCGAACUCGUGGCCCUGUGUACACACAACCACAUUGCCAUGGUAAUGGGGCUGGGGUUGUCACAAGUCAAUAUAUUCCUGCAGUGUGCGCAACAAUGAAUCCUUCACCUUCUUAUGUUGGUAUAAGACCAAACGUGCUUCAGCCAGUGAUUCAACCUCAACAGGCUCGAGUGGAUAAUUAUGUGGAUGAGAGAACAUUUGGUCCAAGGGUUGUCCAGCUGCCUGCUGAACAAAGCUAUAAUUCAUAUCAGGUUCCGGUCUCUUCUGCAGUGGCGGGUGGUAAUUAUGGCUGGCAUCAGGUUCCAAGGCAGGACCAUGCCCUCAUCUCUGAGGGUCUUGUACCUCACCAACAGGUAAUGUUUUCUGAUAAAGUCCCUAGGUUUCAGGAAUGUUACAUGUGUCAGAAACGAUUGCCUCAUGCACAUUCUGAUACUGUGGCACAGGGUCAGAGAGACAGUGGUGCAAGCGCUUUGUCUGAUUUAGGCUCUACUUUUCAUAGUCUUCAUUUGGACAACCAUAUGAGAGCUCAACCAUUGGCUAAGGUUAUGGUAACUAGUGGUCUGGGGGAUUGGGCCCUUGAUCAAGGAGUUGAAGCACGACGCAAGGUCCAUGCUCAUGUUGAUCCUCAAAUUGGCAAGUUUCAACCUGAGACCAGUGGUCUCGUGCAGAAACCUGAUUUAAAGCUUGAAAAGGAAAGAGUUAAUUUUCAACAAGUAGAUAGCAUUGAGCAUCCUAGGAUUCCCAUUCCUCAGGCUGUGAUUGGAAGAGCUAUUGACAUACAGCCACCUAAUUGUUCAUUCAUGACUUCUGUCCUGCAGUAUGGUCGAGAUGAUCCUGUUCAGCAACAAUCUGUUGCUGCUCAAUACCUGGUUAAACAUGAUGCCUUGGUCAAACCUAUUAUCCAAGAUAUGCCACCUGUUGGAGGAACUCCUGUCCUAGCUUCAGAACGUCCAAAUCGUGAAUCUCCAAAAGCUAACAAAUUUCCUGGCAUAGUAAUGAGUGAAGGUGCUACAGACACUUGCAUUUCGUGUGACCAAUUGAGACCAAUUGAAGGGAGAAUGGAAUCUGUCAGAAAUUUCCCCCCUGAAAUAUCCAUCCUCAAUGACCGCAGCAAGUCACCACCUGUUGAUAAACUGAGAUUGGAAGACAGCUUUGAUCACAGAACUCCACAUGAGCGCAGUAAACUACCUGUUGAUAAAUUUGAAACCAGUUACUGUAUACCAACUGAACUGCUGCCUAGUUCCUCUACAGAAGUACCAUACAUCCCUACUUCACGGUUUGUUGAAACAUGUGAGGUAGCACAACCACCUUUGUGUGUCAAUCCUGGAUAUCACACACAACCAAAAGUUGGAGCACAUCUCUUGGAUUCUAAUGAAGUUCAUUAUGGAAACCCUGCAUUUCCUGGCAUUGACCCACCAUUUUCACUUCCUUUAUCUAAUACGACUGGAGAAGAUAUUCAAGAUUCCUCAAACUCACUUUUCAGCAAUCAGGAUCCUUGGAAUUUGCACCAUGAUACUCAUUUUCCACCUCCUAGACCUAGUAAAAGUUCAUCGAUAAGAGAAUCUUAUGCCAGUAAUGAUUCUUUUGGUGAGAACCGCUCAGGUAAUUACACAGAACAAAGCUUAGUGGAAGAUGGAGUUCAACCAUCAUUUGGCAUCUUGAACAAAGACCUAGGUUCAGAUCAGUCUCAGCUGGAAAAUGGCUCAACAGAGGAACAGAUUAAGAAUGAUCUUCAAGCUGUUGCUGAGGGUGUAGCUGCUUCUGUUUUCCAGCCAGCUACUGCGUCAAAUCCUGGAUCUUUUAAUGAUUCCAUUCAAGCAGAUGUUAAAAAGAGUAGUGCUGAGUAUAAGACUAAAGUUGAGGGUGUUAAGAUCAAAGUCCCAGAAACAGCAAAUGUUGGUUUUUCUGUGUCUGAUGGCAUUGGACGCUUGCAGAUUAUAAAGAACAGUGACCUGGAAGAGCUGAAAGAAUUAGGUUCUGGCACCUUUGGCACCGUCUAUCAUGGGAAAUGGAGGGGUACUGAUGUUGCAAUUAAACGGAUCAAUGAUAGGUGUUUUGCAGGGAAACCUUCAGAACAAGAGCGUAUGAGAGAUGAUUUCUGGAAUGAGGCCAUUAAGCUGGCUGACUUGCACCAUCCAAAUGUUCUAGCUUUCUAUGGGGUUGUGCUUGAUGGUCCUGGAGGUGCUGUAGCAACAGUGACAGAGUAUAUGGUGAAUGGUUCUCUAAGAAAUGCUUUGCAGAAGAAUGAGAAGAUUCUUGACAAGCGCAAACGUCUAUUAAUUGCCAUGGAUGUGGCAUUUGGAAUGGAGUAUCUGCAUGGAAAGAAUAUUGUGCACUUUGAUUUAAAAAGUGACAACUUACUUGUUAAUCUUCGAGAUCCUCACCGUCCAAUAUGCAAGGUUGGUGAUUUGGGACUAUCCAAAGUGAAAUGUCAGACACUAAUCUCCGGUAGCGUUCGAGGAACACUUCCAUGGAUGGCUCCAGAACUUCUGAAUGGUAGCAAUAGCCUUGUUUCUGAGAAGGUUGAUGUGUUUUCAUUUGGUAUUGUGAUGUGGGAGCUCCUCACUGGAGAAGAACCAUAUGCAGAUUUGCACUAUGGGGCCAUCAUUGGAGGUAUUGUCAGCAACACCUUGAGGCCAUUGGUACCGGAAUCUUGUGACCCUGAAUGGAGGUCGUUGAUGGAGAGAUCCUGGUCGACGGAGCCAUCUGAGAGACCAAGCUUCACCGAAAUUGCGAAUCUCUUACGGGCAAUGGCAGCAAAGCUUCCUUCCAAAGGACCUAGCCCGCAACAGCAGCAGCCCCUUGUUUAAAAGAUAUAGCUCAUAUGUUUUUUUUAUUACUAUUUUGAUCAUUAUUAUAUUUUUUCUUUAGAAGAUAUAGCUCAUAUGUUUUUUUUUAUUACUAUUUUGAUCAUUAUUAUAUUUUUUCUUUAGUGAAUAUAUAUAUAUUUAUAGAUAGAUAGAUAGAUAGAUAGAUAGGGAAAUUUUAUACACUGAUCUCCACAGAAAAAAAUUAGUUCUUACAGAAGUGGGUGUUAGGCCUUUUUAUGGAAGAUAUUUAUUUAGAUGUACAUUUUUUUUUACAUAAAUAUGAUUGUAAAAUGGUGAAUUAAUUUUUGUUUCUAUUUUUUGUGUGUUGGGAUUUUCAAAUUCUUUUCAACAGUAAUGACUGAUUGUAGUAACGGUAUACCAUACUGGAUCUUACACUAAUACUUAAUUCUUAUAUAUACU